GAAGCCACCCCUAGAGUCAUCGCCAGUGCCCCUCAUAACCAUGUUAAACAGGUAUAGAAGCAAAGCUUGAGUGCUUGUAUCACGGAGGAACUGGCAACUUCGAAACAAGAUCACCGGAGUGUGAAGCGGUGCAACCAUCCUUGGUCUGGAGUUCAGUGGCCAUGGAAUUUCUAUGUUAGGGACUCCACAAACACUACACUGUAAUCGCAGUGUCGUUUUUAAUGGUCAACUUAUUGCUAACAUCUGAAGUGCUUUCUGCACGACUGCGUUCGAGCCACAUGGUCGUUCAUUACUGAAUCAAGAGUGUUUCAGUUUUUUGAUUCAUUUACAUUCUCAGUGGAGCAGGGCUUCAGGCUAGGGCUUUGACGUUUCGGUAGCAGUGGCAUUUGCUUUAUGGGGUGGAGUUACUAGCCUAAUGCCCAACCUUCCCUCUUUACUAGUUUUAUUAUCGGCUUAGCGAGGGAAAGGAGUGCAUCGGCCAGGGAUAGGACACUGGACCACAAGCAUGGCUGGCAGGUGUUCAACCGUCAAGCCACCGAGAGCUGAGUGGUUUACUGGAGAGCACUAAUCGGACAAUUAGUGCCCUUCUUCACCAUUCUCUCUGUCGAUUGACGAUAAAUACCAGGAAUAAUGUAAUAUCCCUCAGUCCACUUCCCGACCACUCCUCCGUUCAUCCAUCCACGGAUUUUUCUCCUACCCUACUUCAAUUUACUCACGAAUCACAUCUCAUAGUUGAGGUUCAAACACCAGUCCUAUCCUUUGCUCAGGUAGGUUCGAGAAUCGCGUAAUUGAUUGGCAAUAGCCUAUGAUAUGGCAUGCACAAGAGAUCUGUCAUUUAGUUAUCAGUGGAAAAAUACCUAUGGUCUUCUAAUUUGUGGAUAUUUUUCACUCAAUUUGCAUCUAUUUUCAUUUCCAUUGCCCAUCACGAUGAAGGUGAAAAUCCUAUUCUCCAUCUCAGAUGCCAUUUGAAAUCACUCAUGCACAACACCUAUAUACGUAUUUCAUGAAAGAUUGUCAUUUCUGCUGCUCACUGUAGUCAGCUGGGACCCUACCGUGCAUUCUAUCACGACAACCUUCCCGAAUUCUACAAACUAGCCGCUUGAUGAACAGAGUACCAAGUCUCUUAAACUUGGCACUGAGGAGAGGAGACAGACAAACGAAGGGAGACUGUAUAGAUUGCAAGGGAUUCACCCUCACUCUUUCAUUUUGAUGCAGGCUAACUUUACACAUACUGUUCAAUAUGUGUUCUGCUUUGUUUAUCUGUCUGCUCAUCUGAUUGCUUAAAGACGUUGGCGGGCUCCUGAGAAGUUACUCAGCUUUUCAGACUCAAAUUUAUUGGUUGCUAUGAUUGAGAGUAUUAAAGUUGUGUGCCGUGUGAGGCCACUUAGUGAGCAAGAGAAAGCAAACGACAGCAAGUUUGUGGUGUCAUUCCCCGGUGAUGGAAACACAACUGUAUCUCUUAGGGGUAAAAUCUUUAGCUUUGAUCAUGUAGUUCAGCCGAAGGCAUCUCAGUUAGAGGUGUACAAAGUUGUGGCCAAGCCUAUUGUUGCAGAUGUGUUGAAUGGAUAUAAUGGAACAAUAUUCGCCUAUGGUCAAACAUAAAGUGGAAAGACUUAUACUAUGGAGGGUAUUUUAGGUGACCCAGUCUUUCAAGGUGUUAUCCCGCGGAUAGUUCAUGAUAUAUUCAACCAUAUAUACCAAAUGGACGAGAACUUGGAGUUCCAUAUUAAGGUUUCUUACUUUGAAAUAUAUAUGGAAAAAAUCCGUGAUCUGCUUGAUGUUUCGAGGACAAACCUAAAGGUCCAUGAAGAUAAAGACGGAGUUCCUUACGUGAAAGGUGUCACGGAAAAGUUUGUUUCCACUCCAGAAGAGGUUUAUAAAGCCAUUGCCAAGGGGAAGGCCAACCGUCAUGUAGCCGUAACGAACAUGAAUGAGCACAGUUCUCGAAGUCACUCAGUUCUCCUAAUCAAUGUUCAACAAGAGAACUUGGAAACUCGAAAGAAACUACAUGGGAAACUUUAUCUUGUUGAUUUGGCUGGUAGUGAGGAUGUUGCGAAGACAGGCGCUGGGGGUACUGUGUUGGACGAAGCCAAAAAUAUUAACAAAUCACUUUUUGCUCUUGGUAAUGUGAUCAAUGCACUUGUGGAAGGCAGGCCUCACGUUCCUUAUCGUGUCUCUAAACUAACUCGCAUUCUUAAAGAAUCUCUUGGAGGAAAUGCACGAACAACUAUGGUGAUCUGUUGUUCUCCUGCUGGUUACAAUGAAGUCGAAACGAAGUCCGCCCUAAUGUUCGGUAUGCGAGCUAAGACCAUCAAGAAUCUGGUAACGGUGAACGAAGAAAUGACGACUGAUGGAUGGCGUAGGAGAUAUGAGCAAGAAAAAGAGAAGGUUGGUAAAUUACACACUAUUGCAAGUCAUCUGGAGAGUGAAUUAAAACGUUGGCGAGCAGGUGAAAGUGUUAAUAAAGCUGAUUGGUUCACGGAAAAUCGAUAUGCUGGCGCUAUAGAUAAUACUAGAGAUUUGAUAACUACGCCAAGUGUUUCCAGUUCACUAAUGCUAGAUGGCGUCUCUACUUCUACAUCACGAUCUGCUGGUCUCACAAAUGCAUCUCCAGCGAAAAAUGUUGGAGGUGUACAGUUGCAGUUGCUUUAUCAACAACUUGACGACAGAGAUGAUGAAAUAAAUAAACAAGCUCAGACAGUAGCACGUCUUCGACAGCAAAUUGAAGAGCAAGAUGUGGUGAAAAAUUCUCUGUGUACAGAAUGUGAGAGACAAUUAGAAGAAAUCACAACUCUUCAGGCUGAAUGCCUGUUGAACAAAGAUGAAGUGAAGGAAGUCCUGCAAGCCUUAGAAGAAUUAGCAAUGAAUUAUGACCAAAAGGCUCAAGAGAUGGAUGCAAUAUCGAAAGAACUUGAAGAGGCUCAAGAGUCCUUUCUACUACAAACCCGUUUAAUACAUAGUAAAGACGGUGAACUGUCACAGUUGAAGGAUACACACCAAAAUCAGAAGAAGAAAUAUACUGAAAUGACGUCCAGCUUGCUGAAGGAUCUAAUUGAUGUCGGUGAAUGCUUGAGUGAUCAAAUCAUGGUAGGUUUAAAAGUAUUUAUCAAUUUUGUUUCAUUAUUGAAUGGGUUCUUAUUUGAAGUGUGUGAGCGGCCUGGGUAAGGAAGUAAUCAUGGCGCAUACACUGCCUUGAUAAGUUCACCAUGGCGGGAUGAGCGUAUUAUUGUCGUAUAGAAUCUGGCCUAUUCGCAUAAGUCGUUGUUGUCACAUUACCUUACAUUAGUGGAGUAAAUAAUAAGAAUUAAGAUGAUGGAAUGGCUGGAUUAUCUAAUGACGUUUCGGAUCACACUCAAAUGAAUGAUAACGCAACGCACAAACUAUCCUUCUCUCUACGGCACCACGUCAUAGAUUGACCACUUCUUGUUUCGCUUUCAAUCAGAAGACCGUCAGACAGUGAAUAGUAUGGAAGCUAUCAAGAUAGCAUUUGUAGCACGUGCUGAAGCCAUGGAAGGCGUCAUCGCAAGAUGAUAUCACUUUUGAGAGAAGGACUAUGUCUACCGAUUUGUUUGUUCUUCUAUGCAAACAUGUGUUGAAAUUCAGUCAGUCAAUUAUCAUAAAAACAUCCAUUCAGUUCCAGUAUUAUUUCAUCCGAACUUGCUGCCUAUUGUGUUAUCAAUGCGGUUUUAAUCCGUAAUUGGGCAAAAUGGACAUCCUUCCUCAGUGAUUAUAUUCGUGUUAUCUUUUGUAUUAUCCAAUCUUCGUGUUUAUUAGAUUUUGUAAUUUUAUUAAUUUGAUUCUUCACCGACCGGAAAUAAUUAUGAGGCUUUCUCACCCACACACGAAUUUACGGCCGAGUUGAUGACUUGAUCGAAAAGAAUAUUUUCUCCUCUGUAACCGUCUUUUUGAUUCUGUACAGGGGAGAAAACAUGUUUAUAUUAGUGAGUGUAAUUGAAGGGAAAUGUAGUCAAAUUAGUUAGUUAGUUGGUUAGUACGUUCGACUACUGUCUCUUCUUAUCAGGGAAUAUUUCUCGAAACUUUCUGAGACAGAAAGUGAUCAACUGAGACGUACAUGUAUGUGGCUGGCAAAGAAAGUUCUCUAUAUAAUUGACAGAGACUAAUACAUCCAACUUUCUGCAGUGUAAAGUUGUUUGUGGUACAUAACGGAAAGCGACAGUGGCCUUACUGUGUUGCCUAUUCUAUUUCAUUGACUUUCUGUUGAAAAAGGCGGUAUUACUUCAAAUUCGAGUCCUGUCUCACCCAUCCCUCAAAAAAUAAGUUCAGCUCAUGGUCUAGUGUUACUAGAAUUGUGUAAAUGGCUAGUCCAUUUCUGUAUGCAUCACCCUUGUCAUCAUCAACCUUACAUGAUGUUGUGAUACCUUCUGAAAGUGAAUAUUUUGUUUUAGGAAAUCUGAAGAUGGAGAUAUGAACCCCUGUGACAUUGUAUUACAGUCAAGAAUAUUUCAGCUGACCUGUUUUAACAGAUGACAUCGUUUUGUGUCAGCUAGAUUGAUAGUUAUUGAGUGAGGGUUUUGUCGACUACGUUUAUUAGUUCACCGGUUAGGAUUAAAUGUCAUGGGGCUAAAUAGACUAUUGAACCUCAAUCCUCUCCGUUAGAACUGAUUACUCUGAAAUGACU